AUGGAGGACGAGCGUCCAGAUUCUCUGCAUAAGCGGCAUAGGGGAGACGUGGCCGCACAGCCUGAAGCAACUCAAGCGCACGCAAUAUCUUCUCCUCCCGGAACGGGUUCAUCAACAUAUGGCACUCAAUCCAAUACCCCUGUAGAACCUCCUCUCGAUGUCCUUCCGGAAGUGCUUUCCAAACGAGUCGGCAAGGGGCAUCAAUUCGAAAAGCCUAUGCAACUGGAUGAAGCUGUGACCCCGGUGUCUUCUGCAUGGGUCCCGAUCAUGGAACCCUUGCUUUUGCUGGGUGGUAUAUCGACCCCAAUUCUUUUAAUGUGGAUGGUGUCCGCUUGCCACCUGCUUGUCUUCACAGAAGACAAUCAGACCAUAAGAUACGAUCGCAACGCGCCAGAUGAGGAAUGGAAACGACGUCAGCAAUGGGACACCGUGCCGAGCGUUACGCGGCCCAACGGAGAACUAGCCUCCCAUGGCGUGUUCGGCCUGUACAGUAAGACUGGUCUUCGAGGCUUUCAAGUGCUUAGUCCAGAUCGCGUCAAGUCCACGGUACCUACCGAAGACAUAACUGUUCGGUAUCUGGCCAAAUUUAGUCAACUCACAUGGCCUGUACCAACCUCGGAUUCUAUCCUCACCAGCAAUGAACAGUGGUGCAUCUAUGGGACCCGGAACGGCGUCCCACGAAUUCAUGCUCGUCGUCGUUCCGACAAUUGUCAGUUGUUGUUAGAAGGCAGUGUACCCGAAAAUUACCGCAAGGUGACGGCCUGGUUUCUGGGUGAUACGCUGGUCGUGGUUAACUACGACUACGCUACGCAUCUGUCGAUGAAGUGGCCUACAUGUCGAAGCGACUUGAAUACGACUAUUCACGAAGCACGUCUUGUGUUUGCGCACGGCAGUCCGCUAUUGUGUCUCCGUUUGGAAGGAUACUUCUCCCUUUUCCAAAUCAAUUGGAACACGGCAGACAGCAAAUUGACAGGGGCACUAGCCCUAUCUCUCGAAAGACUCUGGACCGUGGAAACCAGCUCGGCAGUUGAAGAAUCCGAGGAUUAUUACGUGUCAGCGUUCGAUGUUGCUGAAGAGGGCCAGAUACUACUUUUCCUGGAACACAACUUUCAUGAUCCCAAGUCUUCGAUAUUGCGCAUGGCCCGCCGCACCGCGCCCAGCGCGGAUGGUUCUCAAAGCGCGGAAUUCACCAAUUUGAGUCAAUCUAUCGUUGUUUCGAGUCCCGCGGCGAUGAUGUUCUGA